AUGGCUGUGUUAAUACUUAGCUCUUCAAGCAUGUGUUGUAGUUGUAUCGAUUAUAGCAUUGCUUUUAGUGAGCAGUAUAGGUUGUCUGGUUUCAGACAAAAAAAUGGGUUGUUAGGAGUUGAAAAGUUUGGAACUUUGAGGUUUUUCCCAUGUGGGUCUAAUGUAAAUUGGAAGAAAAAUAGGAAAAAACAAGUGGCCUUUUGUGGGUUUGAAUUGGAAAGCCAAAAUGAGUUGGUGGCGGCGAAUGGGAAGCCAAAAAAGGGAAUAUCUUCUGAUGAAGUUUUGGGGGUUCUUCACUCAAUUUCAGACCCAAUUUAUGCGCUUUUGUACUUCAAAUCAGUUGCUGAGUUGCCAAAUGUUGUUCACACUACUGAAACAUGCAAUCACAUGCUUGAAGUAUUGAGGGUUCAUAGGAAGGUAGAGGAUAUGGCUUUUGUGUUUGACUUGAUGCAAAAGCAAAUAAUUAGGAGGAAUGUGAAUACUUAUUUGAUUAUAUUCAAGGGUCUUUUUAUCAGGGGUGGCCUUAGGCAAGCACCGGUUGCCCUUGAAAAGAUGAGGGAGGCUGGGUUUGUUUUGAAUGCUUAUUCAUAUAAUGGGUUGAUUCAUUUUCUACUUCAGUCUGGAUUUUGCAAGGAGGCUUUAGAGGUAUAUAGAACAAUGGCCUCAGAAGGUCUUAAGCCUAGUCUUAAGACUUUCUCUGCGCUUAUGGUAGCAUCAGGGAAGAGAAGGAAUAUUGAAACUGUGAUGGGUUUGCUGGAGGAGAUGGAGAGUAUGGGGUUGAGGCCAAAUAUAUACACCUACACCAUAUGCAUUAGAAUACUUGGGAGAGCUGGGAAAAUUGAUGAGGCAUAUAGGAUUUUGAAAAGAAUGGAUGAUGAUGGAUGCGGCCCUGAUGUCGUCACUUACACAGUUCUCAUUGAUGCUCUUUGUACUGCCAAAAAGCUUGACGAUGCUAUGUGUUUGUUUGCAAAAAUGAAAUCUAGCAGUCACAAACCUGAUAAGGUAACUUAUGUAACCUUGCUGGACAAGUUUGGCGAUUGUGGAGACUUGGACAGAGUGAAAAAAGUUUGGAUUGAAAUGGAAGCUGAUGGUUAUGCUCCUGAUGUGGUUACUUUUACUAUACUUGUUAAUGCUUUAUGCAAAGCUGGUAGUUUUGAUGAAGCCUUUGAUCUGUUGGAUACCAUGAGAAAGCAAGGGGUCUUACCAAAUCUCCAUACUUACAACACAUUGAUUUCUGGACUUUUGAGGGUAAACAGGUUAGAUGAUGCAUUGGAUCUUUUCAGUAAUAUGGAAUCUCUGGGUGUUGAACCUACUGCUUAUACGUAUAUCCUUUUCAUUGACUACUAUGGAAAGUCUGGUCAGCCUGGAAAAGCUUUUGAGACCUUUGAGAAAAUGAAAGUUAGAGGAAUUGCUCCUAACACUGUUGCUUGCAAUGCAUCUUUGUAUAGCCUUGCUGAAAUGGGUAGGCUUGGUGAAGCAAAAGCUAUGUUUAAUGAGCUUAAAAGUAGCGGGCUGGCUCCAGAUUCAGUGACCUAUAACAUGAUGAUGAAGUGCUAUAGUAAGGUGGGGCAAGUUGAUGAAGCCAUCAAGUUAUUGUCAGAGAUGUCGAAAGAUCGAUGUGAACCUGAUGUAAUUGUAAUUAAUUCUUUGAUUGACACCCUUUACAAGGCUGGCCGAGUGGGAGAGGCAUGGCAAAUGUUUUGCAGAAUGAAGGAGAUGAACCUUGCUCCUACGGUUGUGACCUACAACAUAUUACUAGCUGGAUUAGGGAAAGAGGGUCAAGUCCAAAGGGCUGUUCAGUUAUUUGAGAGUAUGAAUGGGCAUGGGUGUUCUCCGAACACAAUUACCUUCAAUACCCUCCUGGAUUGCCUUUGCAAGAAUGAUGAGAUUGAUUUGGCCUUGAAAAUGCUUUCUGAAAUGACAACAAUGAAUUGCAGACCUGAUGUUCUGACUUUCAACACAAUCAUUCAUGGAUUAAUUAAACAAAACCAAAUUAAUAAUGCAAUCUGGCUCUUCCAUCAGAUGAAGAAAUUGCUCAGACCUGAUUAUGUGACUUUGUGCACGCUCCUUCCCGGUGUUAUAAAGAAUGGGCAAAUAGAGGAUGCUUUCAGGAUCACUGAGGACUUUGUUUAUCAGGUUGGAUCUUACAUAGACAGGCCAUUUUGGGAAGAUGUUAUGAGAGGCAUUUUGACUGAAUCUGGAACAGAAAAGGCCAUUUUAUUUGGUGAAAGGUUGGUAUGCAGUGGGAUUUGCAAGGAUGACUCUGUAUUGAUACCUAUAAUUAAGGUUUUGUGUAAGCAUAAGAAAGCCACUGUUGCUCGAAAUGUGUUUGUGAAGUUCACGAAGGAACUGGGAGUGAAGCCAACACUCAAAGUUUACAACUUGUUGAUUGAUGGAUUUCUAGAAGUUCAUGAUGCUGAAGUGGCCGGGAAUCUUUUUGAGGAGAUGAAGAAUGCUGGCUGUGCGCCAGAUACUUUCACCUACAAUUCUUUACUUGAUGCUCACGGGAAGUCUGGGAAGAUCAAUGAACUUUUUGAACUGUAUGAAGAGAUGCUUUCUAGGGGAUGCAAGCCCAACACCAUAACUUACAACAUGGUCAUCUCCAAUCUAGUGAAAUCUAAUAGAUUGGAAAAGGCUAUGGAUUUGUAUUACAAUCUUGUUAGUGGUGAUUUCUCUCCCACUGCUUGUACCUUUGGCCCCCUUAUAGAUGGACUUCUGAAGUCAGGGAGAUUAGAGGAUGCACAGGAAAUGUUUGACGGGAUGGCACACUACGGAUGCAAGCCUAACAGUGCAAUUUACAAUAUUGUUGUAAAUGGUCUUGGGAAAUUGGGUCAUGUGGAUACUGCUUGUGAGUUCUUUAAAAGGAUGGUAAAAGAAGGAAUAAGGCCAGACUUGAAGUCUUACACCAUUCUUGUUGAUAGCCUGUGCAUGGCAGGGAGAGUGGACGAUGCUUUGCACUACUUCGUAAAACUAAAGCAGGCUGGCCUAGAUCCAGACUUGGUAGCUUACAACCUCAUGAUUAAUGGGCUUGGACGAUCACACAGGACAGAAGAAGCUCUCUCUCUUUUUCAUGAAAUGCAGAAUAGAGGGAUCAAGCCUGAUCUUUACACUUACAAUUCCUUGAUACUCAAUCUUGGGAUUGUUGGAAUGGUAGAGGAAGCAGGGAAGAUAUACGAAGAACUACAAUUUAUAGGUCUUGAACCUAAUGUGUUCACCUAUAAUGCUCUCAUUCGUGGAUACAGCCUCUCUGGAAAUUCUGAACUUGCAUAUGGCAUCUACAAGAAGAUGAUGGUUGGUGGUUGCAACCCCAAUACUGGAACUUUUGCACAGCUUCCGAAUCAAUCCUGA